AUGAUGAGCCAGCAACAGCACGAUAUGUACCUCGACUACGCACCUCCUUCGAAUCGCUCUCCCAAUUCCUCGCGUCCUUAUCCAGGUGGCAGCGGCUUCCAACCCGGCAUGUCUCUGCCUCGCCAGACCCAGAGGCCUUUCGAUCCGCCCCUGGGCUCAUCUGCCCUCUACUCGACCGACCGCCUGACAGGGGGCUACAACCCGCGAGGCAUGGAUCAAAUGAGCCAUCAAGGAGGGAUGCAGGGCGGCUAUAUGCCUGAUAACAACCAGGCGUGGUCUUACAACCCUGCAGCUGUUGCCACGGUCAAUGGCGCCAUGAACGGCACAAGCCGGCAGAGGAGCGUCAACCGACGCAACCCCAUCCCUACGAACUGGACCGAUCAGGGCGGCAUGGGCAUGCCGUACGGUUCGGUUAGCCUCAACGGCACCCCUUUGUCAAGCGGUAUGAGAUACGACCAGGGACAGCAUGACAUGCGUGGCGGCCCUGGCGAAGAGCAGCUGAUCCCGACGGCCAUCGUCAUCAAAAACAUUCCCUUUGCGGUUCGCAGGGAGACUCUAGCGGGGCUCAUGCUCGAGAUGCACCUCCCGCAGCCCUACGCGUUCAACUACCAUUUUGACAACGGUGUCUUUCGUGGUCUUGCCUUUGCCAACUUCUCCUCGCCUGAUGACACGAAGAUCGUGAUCGAGGCUAUGAACGGCAUGGACGUCCAUGGUCGCAAACUUCGCGUCGAGUACAAGAAGAUGCUUCCAGAAGCCGAGCGUGAGCGCAUUGAGAGGGAGAAACGUGAGCGCCGUGGACAACUGGAGGAGCAACACCGUGCACCUAUGCUCCACCAGCAGCCUUCUGUUUCUACGCUGAACAGCAUGAAUAACGGCCAGUCUCGUGGUGGAGCUAGCACCGCCCUCGGCGAUGUGAACCUGAAUGACCCAGAGACACUCGAGUUUUACACGGAGCUCACCCUGUUCAAGCAGGACAAUAACCGCGAAAUCCUGAUCUUCCCAUCGACUGUGGCACCUGAGCAGCGCCGCCAGAUUCACAUCUUGGCUCACCAUAUGGGUCUGGAGCACCGUUCCGUUGGCGAUGCCGACUCGAGACAGAUUCAUGUGCAGAAGCGCCAUCUCCCCUCGCCCACUUCGCAGAUGCCCACGGCGCCCGCCGUUGGUCUGGAUUACCACAAGAAGGGGCUCAGUAGGGCCGCUACCUUCGACUUUGCCGCAGACAGGGAGCGAGAGACCAGGGCCGUCACCGGCAACUACUCUCACAUGCUGGGCCGUCAAGGACCCACCCUCGAGCUGCCUGGCAGCCCUGAUGGCACGGCCCCCAGCCCCUCGGCCUCAUCGUCCAGCUACUUGACGGCCGUCAACAAUGGCAUGAUGCCUCCUGCUAGGUUCACUGAAUAUGCCAGCGGCAUGAACCAGGGCAACUCACUCGCGACCCCCAACCUGACCCCGACUACGCCGGGUACGUCGAGCACCCCUGGGAACGACAGCCUGCUGAACUCUCUGGGUGCACUUAACCUGGGAGCUUUCGAGGCCGCGACUCAUGCGCAGCCGCGUAACACCCCGGGCGCGAUCGGUAGUCAGCGUCCUGGCGCUGUGAACAGCCGCAACGGAGCCCCUGAGAGGCAGCCACGAGGCCCGGAAUGGGAGGCGUCGGCUGGCUUUGGAGGCCGCACCCGCACUAACGGCCAUAUGCAGCGAGGAAGCGAAGACUCGUCUGACAACGGCGCGCGUUCCACGCGUCCCGCUACCACUGAAGGCCGAAAGCCCAACGAUGACACGACUCAUGAAGACUCGAUGGAUAGAGACGACGAAAAAAAAAGCCGAGAUACCAGCGCAAGCAAAAUCGCUGUACAGAUUAUUCUCCUCACCCCAGGAAUCUCCACCCGCCCUCAUACGACUUCGCUUGCUUUUUUCGCCACCUCUACGUUCCCCUCCCCGUACUGUUUAUAAUGAUUGUUGCAAAGCUUUUCUCGACUGUUGCAUUUGGUGGAUAGAAAAUCACGCGACGCUGGAUUGGAUAGCUCUGGUCCCAGCAUCACCUUGACGACCGUUUUUUGGACGAACACGGACAGUGAUGAGGAUUCAAGACGCUCUCACUCUCAUGGGCAACCAUAUCACGACCCGACACGGCCCCGGCUCCGACAGGCCGCCGCCCUGCCCUUCCUUACUCCACACCAUGGUGCUGGACAGCGAAGGAUGUUUGACGACGAUUUUAUGCUGUUACGACGUGACGUCUAGACGGACAACAGCCCCCUUGACGAAGCCCGUCUUCGGACGGUGCGGGCGUGGCUAGCAACGGAGACGACUA